AUGGCCAAGUCCAAGAACCACACCAGGCACAACCAGUCCCCAAAAUGGCACAGAAAUGGCAUCAAACCUCUAUCACGAAGAAAUGAAUUUCUUAAGGGGGUAGACCCCAAGUUCCUAGGGAACCUGUGCUUUGCCAAGAAGCACAACAAGAAGGGCCUGAAGAAAAUGCAGGCCAACAACACCAAGACCAUGAUCGCAUGUGCUGAGGUUAUCAAGGCCCUUGUCGAGCCCAAGGAGGUCAAGCCCAGCCUCCUAAAGGGCAGCAGGUGCAAGCUCGGUGGGCUUGUCUACGUCACUCACACCAAGUUUGGGAAGGGUGCUCCUGCCCGCAUCGCCAAGGGUCUCAGGCUCUGCCGGCCAAAGGCCAAGGCCAAUGUCGAAACCAAGCCCCAGGGUGUGGGUGCGGUUUCUCCUCAGGCUCCUGCUCCCAAAGGUGCCCAGGCCCCCAAUGAAGGCUCCAUAGUAGAGGCCUCUGUCUGCUGA